AUAAAAGGUUUUAACAUGAGUAGAUGUAAAUGUAAAUGAAUUUAAAUAUCGGGAAAUAGAAGCUGAAAUUGCCUUAUAUUCAUCUAUUGAUCUAAAACUUGUCUUCAAUGUGUAGCAAAAACAGGAAAGGAAAUUGUUUUGCUGUUCCAAUAUAUUUGGAAGCAACAUUUGUGCAUGUUUAGUUUUUCACUGAACUGUCGCUUUAAAGUUUCACUGUAUAAUGGGAGUAGAAGGUGGAGUAGUGUGUGUUGUAUGCGGUGAUGAUAGUGAUCAUGAUGGUAUGUCGGUUUUGCCCCACCUACACUGUAAUGAGCACAGAACCAGGAAGACUCCCUGCUCAGUUCGGAAGGAACGCUUCAGUUUACUGAGCUCUGUGUGCAUGACAGAGAGAGCAGAAUGGCUGAGGACAGCAGCAUUUCAGUAGAUCACCUUCAGUUCAGCUGUUCCAUCUGCCUAGAUCUACUGAAGGAUCCGGUGACCACGCCCUGUGGACACAGUUUUUGUAUGGUAUGUAUUAAUGACUUUUGGGACCACGCUACUCAGAGGGGACUCUACAGCUGCCCUCAGUGCAGAGAGACUUUCAUGCCAAGACCUGUCCUGCGGAGGAACAAUGUCAUGGCUGAAGUGGUGGACAAGCUCAAGAGAAAAGACCUGAAAAGUCCUUCUCCUGUUCAGUACAGCUCAGAGUCAGGAGACGUAGAGUGCGACAUCUGCUCUGAAAGCAAAGGCAAAGCCAUCAAGUCCUGUCUGGUGUGUCUGGCUUCUUUUUGCGAGACUCAUCUCAAACCUCACUACGAAUCACCGGCCUUUAAGAAGCACAAGCUAGUCCAGGCCUGCAGACAACUACAGGAAAAAGUCUGCUCCCGCCAUAACAAACUGAUAGGGAUCUACUGUCGUACAGACCAAAAAUUCAUUUGCUCUUUGUGUAUGUUAACUGGACAUAAAGGCCAUGAUACAGCAUCCCUUGCAGAAGAAAGAACUGAAAAACAGAGCCAGAUGAGGCAAAUGCAGAGGACAUUUCAGCAGCGAAUCCAAGAGAAACAGAAAAAAGUGCAGGACCUCAAACAGGCUGUGUAUAAUCUUAAGCGUUCUGCACAAGCGGCGGUGGAGGAGAGUGAGAGAAUCUUCACUGAGCUCUUCCUCUCUAUUGAGCAAAAGUGCUCUGAGGUGAGGGGGCUGAUCAGAGCUCAGGAGGAAACCGAGCAGGAUCGAGCGGAAGGCCUGCUGGAGCAGUUGGAGCAGGAGAUUGCUGACCUUCAGAGGAAACACACUGAUCUGGAGCAACUUUCAGACACUGAGGAUCACAUCCAUUUCCUCCAGAGCUUCCAGUCUCUCUACUCUGCUUCCAAAGCUAAGGACUCUGCAAGGGUGACUAUCAAUCAACAUGUUUCAUUUGAAGGAGUGAGGAAGUCUCUCUCAGAGUUUAAAGACAGACUAGAUGAAUUCUGCAAGGAGGAAUUCGACAAAAUCAAUCCAUAUGUAGUUAAAGUCCAGAUGAUUUUACCCUUUGAGCCAAAGACCAGAGAGGAAUUUCUACAGUAUUUUUGUCAUCUGACCCUUGACCCCAAUACAGCAAAUGAAGCACUGUGGCUGUCUGAGAACAACAAAAAGGUGACUCGCAGUGGGAGAAUAACACCGUACCCUAAUCAUCCGGAGAGAUUCGAAGCAUACGGACAGGUUCUGUGUAAGGAGAGUGUUUCUGGACGCUGUUACUGGGAGGUGGAAUGGAGCAGGGGCGGGUGGGUGUACAUUUCAGUCUCAUAUAAAGGGAUCUGCAGGAAAGGACAAGGUAAUGAAUGCUGGUUUGGACACAACAAUCAGUCGUGGAGUCUGGAGUGCAGUUCCACUCUGUCCUUCUGGCACAACAACAUUCAGAUUAAAAUCCCAGGCCCACCAUCCUCCAGAAUAGGAGUGUAUGUAGAUCACAGUGCAGGAACUCUGUCCUUCUACAGUGUCUCUGACACAAUGACUCUACUAUACAGAGUCCAUACCAUAUUCACUCAGCCCCUGUGUCCUGGGUUUUGGGUCAAUGUACUUGCAACUGCUAAGCUUUGUUACUCUAUAGAAUGACACAGACUACAUACAGCACUUGAAUUGUCAUUCUAAAUAAUAUAGGCUAUUACUGAACACAAUCCAUACUCAGCAGCAAAUAACAGUUAAAUUACUUUCAUGAAGUACAACAGUAAAUUUAAAUUUUUAUUCCAAAAUCCAAACAGAAUUUAAAUUAGAAUAAUUGUUGCUGAUGUUAAAGUAAUAGUCACAAAACGCAUGUACAUUGCUGUUUGCACAUUAAUUAUCAGUGUAAUUAGGAAAAACAGUGUUUCAUUUCAUUUUGACUGUAUUUAUACUAGCAAUUUGUACUAGGAAUGUGUUUUAUUUGUGUGGUAUGUUACAAUAUUACAGUCAUGUUAAUUUAAUUAGGGCAUUGAGGAAGUAUGCAUGAAUAGAAAGUUUUACUGAUGAGAAAAAAAUGGGAAUAUACCAAAAAAACACAAAGGUACUAAGACGUAUUAAAGGGCCCAAUUCCUACAUUUGUGUUGCAUAUUAUUUUAAGGUCCACUUAUGAUGUUUGUGUGGGUUUACCAAAAACAAUUAUGAAACACUUUUACGUAGAUUAUCUUUUUCCUACCUCUCUUUAUCUCUUCAAAUUAAACAGGUUGUUUUUCUUACUGUGUCUGCUCCUCAGCGCGUUGCUGGGGGCUUUAUACCCCUCUAGCUGAAGCUUGACAUUGGGCAUGGUGACCUUAUUCUCAUGUGCGGCUGCUUCAGAGCAUUCUGUUGGUCAAUGCUUUUAUACAAAAACUUUUAUACAAAAACGGCAAUGGGUGCACUUUAUAGUAGCUGAAUUCAUUCAUUAAAAGGGCUGUCAGGAUAGUUUUGGACAGUGUAUAUUUAAGUGGACACAUUAUUCAUUAAUCCCAUAUCUAAAAUACCUCAUUUGUUUUUCAUAAAUGAACACUUUUAUUGUGUACUUAUUUCAAUUUCUAAGUGUAGCCAAUCACAGUGUUAAAUAAAAAAAACCCUGCAACUAAAAACAGUAUAUUUUAUUGGU